AUGAUUAUCGCUCUGGUUUCCGCGUUCGCUUGCAUAGUGGCAAUCACUGAUGCCGGCGGCCUUGGGAACGAAGAUGUGGCGCCCGCGUUUCACCAUCUCCGUUCUCUGAACGGCGGCGGGGUCUUGUGCCCAGGCAGCAAGGGUAAACAGGCCUUCGGAUACACAUCAGUUCUCGGGCUUAACAAGUACUUCUACGCGGUUAUGGAAGCCGAAGACGUAGAUCCAACAUCGGCACCGACCUUCUUGUACAUAGCUGGUGGGCCGGGCAGCAAUACUCGUGGACUAAGCAAGCAAACAGCAUUUGGAUCGAUGCGCCUGGACCCACCGGGUUUAGCAUGGGUCCGGCUCGAACUAAUGAAGAUGAGCCUGAAGAUGUGUGAAAAAGCUGUCGACAAGUGCAAUUCUAAUGGACCUGGAAAGCCUGCUAAGCCUGCUAAUUGCCAAGAUGCUCUUGGAACUUGUGACGCAAUCACGAUGGACCCUAUGCACCGACUAGGCAAGAGCAUGUAA